GAAUUUCAUUAUCAUUUUUAGUGUUCAUAGAAAAAAAGGGUUUUUUUUUCCUUCGAGUGGAAAAAAUUCAUUCAAUUUGGAAAAUUGAAUUAAUAAUUAAACAAAGCUAGCUAUGGCUGAGCCGCCGCGAAGCCGGUUACAGAGCUCGUUGCAGGCGGCAGUUCAGGCCGUGCAAUGGACUUAUAGCCUCUUCUGGCAAUUCUGCCCUCAACAAGGAGUGAUGGUGUGGAGCGACGGAUGCUACAACGGGGCGAUAAAGACGAGGAAGACGGUGCAGGCGGCCGAGGAGAGCGAGGAGGAGGCGAUGCGGCAGCGGAGCGAGCAGCUGAGGGAGCUCUACGAGUGCCUCGCCGGGGGAGAGGCCGAGCGGAGGCCCUCGGCCGCCCUUUCGCCGGAGGAUUUGACGGAGUCGGAGUGGUUCUACUUGAUGUGUGUCUCCUUCUCGUUUCCACCGGGAAUAGGGUUACCUGGGAAGGCAUAUGUAGAUAGGCAGCACAUAUGGCUUACAAGAGCAAAUAAAGCCGAUAGCACACUCUUCUCUAGAACUAUUCUUGCUGAGAGUGCUAAAAUACAGACAGUGGUAUGCAUUCCUCUUCUGGAUGGGGUGGUGGAACUUGGGACAACAGAGAAGGUUCAAGAUGACAUUGGAUUGGUCCAACGUGUCAAAGGCUUUUUUGCCAAUUGUCAAAACCCUAACCCUCCAAGGCCGGCUCCAUCGGGCCACUCGACUUCUAACCCAACCUCCUCCAGCCCCGGUUAUCACUCUCUGACAUUGCCUAUGCCAUUUCCACCAUCUCAAAUGGCGGAGGAAGAAGAAGAGGAAGAGGAAAUGGAAGAAGAAGAAGAAGAAGAGGAAGUUGGGUCUGACUCGGACCAAGUAGGCGGUCCCACUCCACCUAAUCAAAAUCUUGUUGAAGCAAUGCAUCUUGAUAUGUCCGACCAGGAUAUUAGGGUUGGAUCACCGGAUGAUAGCUCGAAUAAUUUAGGCUCGAAUUUCCACCAUCUCACCGUCACUAAACGAGGAACUUCGUCAGAGCAGGGUGGCUUCGAUAGGGAUGUAACGAUGCAUAGAUGGCCGUGCAAAGACCCCAUCAUCACCGGAAGCUUCCGAUCACCGCAUUCAGCCGAUUUAAUAACGGAAGAAGACACCCACUAUUCACAGACAGUGUCAAGCCUCCUCGAAAACCAGUCAAACCGGUGGUCCACGCUGUCCUCCACCAACACCGCCGCCUUCACCAAGUGGCUCCCGGAACCGGCCACCUCUACUUCCACCCACCACCGCCGCGACCUACUCCUCGAUGGCGCCUCCCAGGGGGUCCUCAAAUACGUACUCUUCACCGUCCCACUCCUUCACGCCAAGCCCCGCGACGCCUCUGCCUCCGCGCGCCGCGGCCCACAAGACGAGCUCAGCGGCAACCACGUGCUGGCGGAGAGGCGCCGCCGCGAGAAGCUGAACGAGCGCUUCGUCGUGCUGCGGUCCAUGGUGCCGUUCGUGACGAAGAUGGACAAGGCGUCGAUCCUCGCCGACACCAUCGAGUACCUCAAGCAGCUCAAGAGGCGGAUUCAGCAGCUCGAGGCGGAGAGCGAGAGGAACGCCAGGCGGCGGGAGAAGUGCAGGCUCAGGACGGACAUGAGCAAGAGGCCGAAGGUCGGGGCAACCGUGGAGGUGUCGAUCAUAGAGAGUGAUGCAUUGGUGGAUAUUUCAUGCGUGGAUAAAAGUGGAUUGUUGCUGGAUUUGAUGCAAAUGCUUCGAGAUUUAGGUUUACAUGUCACCACUGCUCAUUCUUCCAUCAAUAAUGGCACUUUCAAUGCUGAAUUGAGAGCUAAGGUGGUGGAGAGUGCACACGGCCGGAGACCGAGCAUCACAGAGGUGAAAACAGCGAUAAGUGUACUUAUCUAACUAUUGUAUAUUAAUUUCACUUCAAUGAUAAAAACUAAUAAAAACUAAUGGAGUAAUAUAACUAUGUAG